UCAUCAGGAUCAUUCUGCAACAGGAACUGGUCAGAAGGAAAGACUGAGACAGACGAUGGUUGGUUCCACACGGGCGCUAAUGUCAUGUGGGACCUGUAAGCCAAUCGAGAGUGAGGACGGACGGUGUCCAAGAUCUUCCCGCCAAAUACGAGCGCGAUUGAGAGAGCGCGCUGCUAGAGGUAGAUUAAGGAGAGAGUCGGGAUUUAGAACCGGUAGACAGGCGAAAGUGGUGUAAAAGCUGUGGAGCCUGAACUACAGAUUCUUCAAGCAGUAAGCGGAGCCUCCGGGCAGCUCAGGCCGGAGGAUGCCUGGGAAGGAAGCGACAGGAGAAGUUAUGAAAUCCUCUGCUAAAUCUAACUCAAAGAAGAUGGUACAAGCUCGUCUGCCUUUCAAACGCCUGAAUCCAGUACCCAAAGAUGAAGGCUGUCUAGAAGAGAAAAAAGUAAGAAUCAGCCAAAAUAUUUCUCCUCAAAAAAUGUUGCACUCUCUCAACUCCUCUAUGGAUGAUAUGGAAAAUGAUUGUGAAAUGGAGACAGAAGCUACACCAAUCCCUAAAGCUGUAAAUGGGAAAGGGCCAUUGGACAACUAUAUUAGGAAAGCCCCCAAAGUCAGCCAUGCUGCCUCUGUCAUUACUAUUGAUUUGACAGAAGAUUCAAAUAGCAUUUUGAAUGACAGCCCAUUAAAUGGAGAGUCUCAAACACACCUAGCAAAUGGGACAGUCUCACCUGAAAGGAGCACACCCAAUCUUCCAUUCAGUACAAAGAAGGAAUUUGCUGUUUCUGUGGAUAACAAGAGUCUCGAGAACUUGAAUUUUUCAGAACUUAAAUCAGGUGAGCUGCAUCUGGCUGCAGCUACCUGUACUUAUGUACCAAACUUUUCUCCAGAAAAAGCAGUCAAAGAAGACUGUAACACUUCUGCAGAUGAUGACUCUGGUUCUGUCUCCUCCAGCAGUUCUCCCAUUUCACUUAGCUCCCCAGAUGCACAGACUGGUUCCCAAUUCAGGAAUGGAAGCAGCCCAUCAACCUCCACUACCCCUACUGGCAAAGUUAAUGCAAGUAAGACUUCAUCAGAAAAGAAGAAAACCAAAGGUAAGGAAGAAAAGGGGCAAGCUGAAAAGGAGGAGCGAAAGCGUGCUAGAGAAGAUGCAAGGGCUGCAAAAGAACUUGCAAAGAAGAAGAGGGACGAUGAGAGAGAGCAGCGGGAAAGGGACAAGAAGGAAAAAAAGGAGAGAGAAGACCGAGAAAAGGCAGAAAAGUUGCGACUAAAGGAGGAGAAAAAAAAGGAGAAGCUUGAAGCCCUGGAGGCUAAGCAAGAAGAAAAACGGAAAAAAGAAGAGGAAAAGCGGCAAAAAGAAGAGGAAAAGAAACUGAAAGAAGAAGAAAAGCGCCUAAAGGCUGAGAAAGCAGAGAUCACUAGAUUUUUUCAGAAGCCAAAAACACCACAAGCUCCUAAGACAUUUGCUAGGUCCUGUGGGAAAUUUGCCCCUUUUGAGAUUAAAAAGGAUAUGGCAUUAGCACCUCUGUGUCGUAUUGAUUUUGAACCAGAAGCAUCUGAAGAACUGGAUAAAUUCCUUCAGGAGCAAAAUUCAAGGUCUAACUUCCUUGAUGAAAUAAAAAAGAGAAAACCGCGCAAAAUGGGUCAGACUAUAGUGCCAACCAUUAACAGCAUCGAGGUAGAUGGUGUACAGGUACUUGAAGAGCCAGAUCCUGUACUAGGUUCAAAUAUGGUAAUUGAAGGGCACGUUAAAGACAUUGGUGUUCCAGAGCGGAUCAAGUUUGGGAGAAUGAAACUGCUACAGUUUUGUGAAAAUUACCGGCCUGCCUACUGGGGCACAUGGAAUAGAAGGAGCAGAGUAAUCAACCCACGUCAGCCGUGGAUUCAGGACACAGGCAUACUAGAUUAUGAAGCUGAUAGCGAUGAAGAGUGGGAAGAGGAAGAGCCUGGAGAGUCUUUGUCGCACAGUGAGGGGGAGAAUGAAGAUGAUGAUCCCAAAGAAGAAGACGAGGAAGAUGAUGAUGGCUUCUUUGUUCCCCAUGGAUACUUAUCUGAUGAUGAAGGGGUAUCUGAUGAGGAAUGCACAGACCCAGAGAACCAAAAAGUUAGACAGAAGCUGAAGGCUAAGGAGUGGGAUGAGUUGCAAUCAAACAGCAAGAAGAUCCGUGUACUGCAGCCUGUAGUGAUUGGAUGUGUAUGGUGGGACAGUAAUGCUUCAGAAAUUAGACUCCUGCAAAAAUUUUCUGCCUGUAUUCUGGAGUCACCUGCAGUUGAGGAAGAGCUUGCACAAGAGAUUAGUUCUGCCCAGAACCUCAAGGACAGGCAAAUACUUUCCAAACUUGUCCCUCUACUUCAUGGAAAUGUCAAUGGAAGUAAGAUUAUAAUACAAGAAUUUCAGGAGUGCUGUCGCCGAGGUUUAUUAUUGGAGGAUAACACAAGUACUACCACAGACAAUGAGUCCCCCAGCCCUAACUCCACACCACAAACACCAAACAAUGUUCUAGUCCCUUCUAAGGCUCACUUAAAGCGUUUAAUCUCUGAAAACUCAGUGUAUGAAAAGCGCCCAGACCACCGUAUGUGUUGGUAUGUGCAUUCUGAUGUCUUAAAGGUCCUACAACAAGACAAUCUUCCUGUACCCUGCCAGUGGAUUUACAUUACUCAAGUUAACUCUGUAGCCAAGGAAGAUAAUGGUCCCAAUGGAGGACCAUUGCAAUCUCUGCCUUCGUCUAACAAGAGGAAGUCUGCAGGCAGCAUGCCUAUCACAAAGUUUAUGAAGCGAGCAAGGGACCUUGAAAUGGCUGUAAAUACAGAUAUGGAUGGCUUUCAGGCAGACAAUGAAGAAGAGGAUGAUGACUGUAUGAUUCUAGAGGACCAACAAGCUAAAAAUGCAGAGGACUCCACCAUAAAAUGCAAGAUAAACCUGAAUGAUUCUGCUGUCCUUGCCUCCUGUCAAGACUAAAAUAAAAAUUAAGCAAUGCGUGUAUAUGUAUGUAGAUUUUUAUAUAUAAAGAUUUUUUAAAACUUGUGGCAGUUUGAAACCAUAAAUUAGACUUGUGUACAGAUUGCACUUUCAUGCGCAAGAUUAUAAAAAAAAAAAACAACCUCCUUUAAUCCAAACUGUAAGAAGACUGCCAAUUAGUCUCUAAUAAAGCAUAAUUCAAAUGAAUUCUCUGCCAGUAUAUGGUAUGUCAUUCUGUAGCUAAGUGUGAUAAUGUGGGCAUGGUUUUGCAAAGUGCUUAAUACCAGGGUGCAUGAAUGGAAACUGGACUCUACAAAACUUAACAGAUGGGAAUCUGCAUUUUGUGCUGUGUAAAUAACUUACAAGACGCUUGUAUGCAAAUACCUUUUAUUCAAAACAAAUCCUCUAGAUCAAUAGAGUUUAAUGGAGAAAUACAUUUGUUGCGAAAUACAUUGCCUUAUCAUAA